AUGUCUCUUCCGUCUGCACUUCGACCCUCGCUCAAGGCGUCUGCCCGCUGCUCGUCGCGCGCCCUGGCGACGCCGCGCUCAGGAGCCCAAUGGAAACGGUCAGUGUCCACAGCGACGGUCUCCAGUGACCAGAAGCGUCUCGAGACGCCCUCUGACUGGGACGAAUUCCGUCAGAAGAAGGGCCAAACCAAAAUGCUCAUCGACAUGAUGUCGGAAUACGGUUCUACACAGAACUCGUCCAAUACGUUCCAGCUCCGAGACCAACUGCACAAGCCAGCGCGUCACGCUACCAUUUCCGCUUUGCUUGCUGCUGGCGCGCACUUUGGCCACGCUUCAAGUCGCAUGAACCCCAACUUUAUGCCCUAUGCAUACGGAACGCGAGCGGGCAUCACUAUCAUCGACUUGGACAGCACGUUACCCCUCCUCAGACGUGCUGCAAACGUCACUCGUGCGGUCGCUCGAGCAGGAGGUCAAAUCUUGUUCAUCGGCACCCGACCAGACCUUAAGCCCAUCGUCCAGAAGGCAGCAGAGCGUGUAGGGCCAGAACAAGGCUACUACGUUGGAGACCGUUGGCUACCUGGCACCCUCACCAACCGACGAGAAUUCUUCCGACCGGAACAGCUCGCUAAUACCAACGUCAUCCCCGACCUCGCCAUCAUCCUCAACCCCGUCCAAAAUGCCAACGCCAUUCGAGAAUUCGCCGUCGAGAACGUCCCCACCAUUGGUAUCAUCGACUCCAACGUUGACCCACGUCUGGUCAUGUACCCCAUCCCAGCGAACGACGAGAACACUCGGGCAGCAGAGCUUAUUGGCGGUGUUUUGAGCAUAGCAGCCCGCGAGGGUGUCGAACUUCGCGAGCAGGAGGACAUGGCUCGACUCAAGCAGCAGCAAAAGAAGUUCCGACAGAGGACAAGCCGGUUCAAAUAGACGUAGUAGUACACAUUAUCCUAAUAUCCCGCUAUAAUCCCUUAUUCGACGUUUUGCGCUUU